AUGGCAUUCCAAGCAGGUUCUAGAGGUGGUUCCAGAGGUGGUUUCGGUGGCCGUGGUGGCUCCAGAGGUGGUUCCCGUGGUGGUUUCGGCGGUGGCCGUGGUGGUUCCCGUGGUGGCUUCGGUGGUGGCCGUGGUGGUGCCAGAGGUGGUUCCCGUGGUGGCCGUGGUGGUGCCAGAGGUGGUGCUAGAGGCGGUGCCCGUGGUGGUUCCCGUGGUGGUGCUAGAGGUGGUGCCCGUGGUGGUGCCAGAGGUGGUGCCAAGGUUGUCAUUGAACCUCACAAGCACGCUGGUGUUUUCAUUGCCAGAGGUAAGGAAGAUCUUUUGGUCACCAAGAACAUUGCCCCAGGUGAAUCUGUGUACGGUGAAAAGAGAAUUUCUGUUGAAGAACCAUCUAAGGAAGAAGGUGUCCCACCAACCAAGGUUGAAUACCGUGUGUGGAAUCCUUUCAGAUCUAAGUUGGCUGCUGGUAUCAUGGGUGGUUUGGACGAACUAUUCAUUGCUCCAGGUAAGAAGGUUCUAUAUCUAGGUGCUGCUUCCGGUACUUCUGUUUCCCACGUUUCUGAUGUUGUCGGUCCAGAAGGUUUGGUUUACGCUGUUGAAUUCUCCCACAGACCAGGUAGAGAAUUGAUCUCCAUGGCCAAGAAGAGACCAAAUGUUAUUCCAAUCAUCGAAGAUGCUAGACACCCACAAAAAUACAGAAUGCUUAUCGGUAUGGUCGAUGCUGUCUUCGCAGAUGUUGCCCAACCUGAUCAAGCCCGUAUUAUCGCUUUGAACUCCCACAUGUUCUUGAAGGACCAAGGUGGUGUUGUCAUUUCUAUCAAGGCUAACUGUAUCGACUCUACUGUCGACGCUGAAACCGUUUUCGCUAGAGAAGUUCAAAAGUUGAGAGAAGAAAAGAUCAAGCCUUUGGAACAAUUGACCUUGGAACCUUACGAAAGAGACCAUUGUAUUGUUAUCGGUAGAUACAUGAGAAGCGGAUUAUAA